AUGCCGAAGGCACGCCGACAGGUAUCUACCCAAGAGCAGGACGACGCCCCUUUACUAGCGUCCGAGCUGGUGUCGCGCGUGUCCGACAACAAACUGAUGGACAUCGUGAAUCAUUAUCGCGUCCCUCUAGAUUAUGCUCUAUACGCCCCUUUGGAGGCAUGCCGGGCUGACCGUCCUAGGCUCGACUUCGUGGCCCUCAGCGAGCAAAUUCUAAAAGCGGAUGGUACCAUUCCGCUGCACCCGUUCUUUGUUGCAGUCCUCAACUACUUCGAUCUUGCCCCGCUUCAGCUGGCACCCAAUGGCUGGCUGACUUUGAGCUGCCUUUUCAUUGCAUAUAUGAAACUGUUGAAACGCGCCCCUACGGCCACCGAGGUACAUUUCCUCUACAACCUCAUGCCCCUCCCCAAUUCAAAAGGUUUUUACUACUUACAAAAAGCCAACAACGGGGCCUCUUUGAUAGAGGGUUCGGUGUCUAACCUGGGGGCUUGGAAGCGGGACUUUUUCUUCGUGGAAGGUCCACUCUCUGUCCAUGAGGAUUUCUGGACCACUCCCAAGCGAUUCGCCGAACCCUCCGUCGUCAGGUUGGAAGCGAAAGACAUGAGACAGUUCCUCAACGCUGAAGCUGCCAAGAAAGAUGCGGUGCGCCUUUUCACCGUAAAGAAUCUGAACCGCCACAAGCUAUCUCCCGUCUCUGACCCCAAGUUGCUGUGGACCAUCUCUGGGUCCACGAAGAUGAAGGAGACCUUGGCUGAGCCUUUCCCGGAUGAUGAUGAGGAUGAGGAGGGGCCAUAG